UCCCCAGGUGCACCAGCUAUGACGCAGCAGCCGCAAGUGGAGACAGAUGCCAUCGGGGCCGGUGAGGGGCCACCUCGGGCGGUGCCCUGGUCGGCCUGGGUCACGCGGCAGGACUGGGUGCGCUGGUGCCUGUGCUACGUGCCUCGGAGCUGGGUCCAGUGGUGGGCCACGUCGGGCUGGCGGCAGCCACUCCAGCGUGUGCUGUGGGGGCUGGAGGGCUUCCUCUACCUGCUGCUGGCCCUGAUGCUCUGCCAUGCGCUCUUCACCACCGGCUCCUACCUGCUGAGCUCCCUGUGGCCCGUCAUGGCCGCAGUGUGGCGCCACCUGCUGCCCGCCGUCCUCCUGCUGGUGCUCAGCGCCCUCCCCACCCUGCUCUUCUCCGCCUCCUUCCUGCUGCUUUUCUCCACGCUGCUGAGCCUCAUGGGCCUCCUCACCUCCAUGUCUCACCCAGACUACACUCAGGACUUGGACCAAUAG